AUGGACGCGGUGACGGCGCUCGCGGCGCGCGCGCGCGAGGGCGUCGCGGACGCGUUCGAGCGGUUGCCGAAACACGUGCGGGUGGUUGUGAUGUGGAUGGUGUUUCAAUUCAUCGGGUCGAUGAUCCGCCGCGCGGUGUUCGGGAAGGAGAAGCCGGCGGGACCGGCGGAGAAGAAAGCCGUGGUGGAGUGCGAGACGGAGGAGGCGUUCGCGGAGGCUUUGAAGGAGGCGAAGGAGGCGAAGCGCGCGGUCGUGAUCGACUUCACGGCGUCGUGGUGCGGGCCGUGUAAGCGAAUCGCGCCCGUGUUCGCGGAUAUGUCCGAGGAGUACGACGCCACGUUUCUCAAGGUGGACGUCGACAAGAACUCCGAGGUGAGCGGGGCCCACAACGUCACCGCCAUGCCGACGUUUGCGUUUUACGAUGCGAACGGCGAGAAGGUGGACGAACAGAUUCGAGGCGCCAACAUCGCGAAGAUUACUGACAUGCUCGACAAGCUCGGCGUGAAGAAGGUUGUCAAGGAAGUUAAGAAGGACGCGUAG